CGUCGUGCUUUGACCAACUCAGUUGGUUUCCUCAAACGCCAGUUGCUUGUUGGCUUUAGUCUUGAUUGGUGCUAUGAGUUUGUUUCCUUCCACGUACACGACAAUGAAUCGCUUUCAGAGCAUCACACUAGUGACGUGUAGUAUAAUUCUUGUAUUUAUAUCAUCGUUAACAAGUCAAUCAGUUGCUACUGAUAAUAAAAAUCCUCAUUUUAAAGUAGAAACACUUUUUAUUCCUGAAAUUUGCGAAGAAAAAACUAAAGUUGGGGACCAUGUUACGAUGCAUUAUACCGGCACGCUUGUUGAUGGUACCAAAUUCGACUCAAGUUUUGACAGAGAACAGCCAUUUACAUUCCAAUUGGGUGCAGGCCAAGUAAUCAAGGGUUGGGAACAAGGACUUACGAAUAUGUGUGUAGGUGAGAGGAGAAAGCUAACGAUUCCACCCGAACUUGGAUAUGGUGAUCGUGGAGCUGGUAACGUGAUCCCUGGAGGUGCAACUCUUCUGUUCGAAGUUGAAUUAAUUAAUAUUAGUGACUCGAAGAGUACUGCUAAUGUCUUUAAGGAAAUUGACACUGAUCAAGAUAAUCAAUUGUCCCGUGAGGAGGUGAGCAUAAUGGUUAGUGACUAUUUGAAGAAACAAAUGAACAAAGGUGGUGAGAACAAUGAAGACAUUCAAAAGAUGCUUUCGGAAAACGAUAAAUUGGUUGAAGAAAUCUUCCAACACGAAGAUAAAGAUAAGAAUGGUUUCAUUUCCCAUGAAGAAUUUACUGGACCAAAGCAUGACGAGCUGUAAAAGGUCUAGACAACUUCCGUAAUGUCGACGAGGUCAUAAGUAUUCAUCACUUGUUGUAGUAUGCUGAGAUGGUAUCCGGAAGAGAAAGUUACUUUCUAAUGAGAGUUCAAGGAAGAGAAGUCUGCCAAACAUUUACGCACACAUUUUUACGACAUUUACAUAUAUACAAAACCCAGACAACUUCUUCUCUGCUGCUGUAAACGAAACAAUUUAAUGACAAUCCUUGGACUAUAGAAA